AUAUUUAGAUUCUCAUCCUUGAUUUUCUGCUACAAGUUAUUUAAUUUGUUUUAUGUGGAGCAUACGGUAUAUCCUGUUGGAAACAAGAGAAUUUUAAUCUUUUAUUUCAAAUAUCUGUAUAUCUCUAUACUACAUAUUAAUAUGGGAAGAAAAAUACCUGGACGAAAACAUCAUGGUGUGAGAGAUCCUGAAAAACAGAGAGCACUCCGUUUGGAGCUUCAGAAAGUCAACGCACCUCCAUCUAAUAUAGACGAUCAGCCAAUUCCUAAAAGUGUGCAGAGGAUUGCGGAAUUGAUAAAUAAAACCAAAAAUCCUCCAAAAAUUCAGAGGGACGCCAAAAAAAAGAAAAAAACGAAGGGAAAGAAACUCAUUGUUGUACAAACAAAAGUGGGAAUUAAUGAAAAAAGCGUCCCCAAAUUCGAGCAGAAAAAGGGGGAAUCUGAUAAGGCAUUCUUGUAUAGGUGCCAGAAGAUGUGCGAAAAUGUGAUACAUGAAGUCGAUUUUGAGAAAAAGUUUGGUGUGGCAGUUGAAAGAAAUGCAGAAACUGGAAAGAUUGAGAAUACUUUAAAACAGAAAGAGGAAGACCCGAUAAAAAAGAUGAUGAAAGAGGCGAGAAAAGAAGCGAAAAAAAAACCAAAGAAAAAGAAAAAAGAUGGUGAUGUGAUAAAACUGAGUAAAUCAGAAAAGAGGAAACUGAAGCUGAAAAUGAAGAAAGAAAAGAAAAAGGAGAAAUUAUUGGAUGAAUUCCAACCUGCAGAGAGAGUGAAAUUUGGGGAGGUUUAUCAUGAGCCACCAGUAUUGACUCCACCGAAACUUGUUGAAAAGAGAAGUGAAAAAACUGCGCCUGGGCAAAGAAAUUUACUGCUCAAAGCAAUAAUCAAUGGCGAAACACCCAAGAAACAAGUCAAAGAGCCAUUUUCGAAAAGUCUGGGUGUUCUGAAUAAAAUUAAAAAAACAGGAAUUGAUAAAAAAGGAAAACGCAAGGACCUUCCCAUUACAGUAAGGAAACAACUGGAGCGACAUCAAAAGGAAAUAAUCGAGGGAUACAAGGCGAUGAAAGCGAAAAACAGGAAGAAAAUAUGAAUGAAAUAAGGUUUUGGAGAAAACAGGAAUUUAUUGAUUUGGUUUGUCUAUUUUCAAACUGAAACCAUUAAUGCAACAAAAAUAAGGAUAUUACAAGUGGAGUCAAUGCCCAAAAUAAACCAUUAUCAAGAAUUAUAUAAAACCUGUUAUGAUAAUCAAGAAUCAAAGAUCUAUACAUCCAUAGUUAUAUCAAAAAAAGAAAUGUUCUGAAGAAUAUUAUAAUUUUAUCAUUUUCAAAAGCAUUCAUGUUGAAAUGUAUGCAAGCUGAAAUAAAUUUUAUUUUCGAAA